UUGACAAAAAAGCAAAAAUAAUCAGAAUUCGUCUAAUAAUUUGUGUCGGAGAUUAUUUAUAUUUCUUAUAGCAAAUUAAAAAUUAGUGAUGGUGUACUUGAUUAGUUAGGUUUUAUAUGAAAUAUGAAAGCAGAAUUCUGCAUAAGACAGUAUAAAAUGUAGGCUACAAUCAUGGAUCAAGAUUUACCUGUAUUUUCUGGAAUCCUUUUACUUCCUCCACAAGGAAAGCUGUUAAUAAAGAAAUCAUGGCAACAAAAAUUCUGUGUACUGUAUAAAGCAAGUAAAUUUGGAAUAGAGAGGUUAGAAAUAUAUGACACUGUUGAUGAUGCUACUGCAUCAAAAAAUUGCUCCACUAGGAUUAUUACAUUGGAAAAUUGCGUAAAAAUUGUUCAGAAAAGUCCAACAUUUAUAACAAUCAUUACAAAAACUGCUACUUAUGAUUUUGGAACAACUACACAUGCUUCGUUGAGAGAAUGGCUUGUGGCACUUCAAUCAGUUGCAUUUAGAGAUGAUGUAUCCAAAAUAAGUAGUAUUGAAGAAGACAAUGACCUGUAUUGCUCUUCUGGCGAGGGUAUUUUUCAUAUAACUCUUUAUCCAUCAGAGGCUUCACAAAGAUGUAAUUUAGAGCCAAAGCCAUAUAUGUUAGUCUUAACCUCGACUGCAAUACAGUUAAGGAACAUAGAUGAUGACAAACUUCUUUUCACUUGGCCAUAUCGAUAUAUACGGCGAUAUGGAUAUCGAAGUGGAAAAUUUACUUUCGAAGCUGGAAGAAAAUGUGAGUCUGGAGAAGGGACAUUUCAUUUAUUACAUUCCAAUCAACAGGAAAUUUUCAGAUGUGUUGCAACAAAAAUGAAAUCAAUGAAGAAGCUUCUCAGUGGGGAAUCAUCACCUUCUCUUUUGGAUUGUGUGGAUCAUCAGUUUCAUGCUGCUUUAAGUAUGGAGGCUCGUUCCAGAAGUCCUUUGCCACCUUCUCCAACUACUUCAACUAGUAUUCGAGAAAUAGAUUCCACUAACAAGUCCUUGAAUUCUUUCAUUGAGAUGAGCUCAGAGUCUAAAUCUAAUCGCAGUUUUACUGGUUUUACACAUAUUAAAUCCCUUAAACCCCGUAAACCAAUUCAAAAUAUUGAGUCAUCUCUGUCAAAAAAACUUGAAGACUAUGAACCAAUUGAUAAUUAUGAUAAAGUGGAAUAUCGUUCUGAUGCAUGGAAAACAUUAGGAACUGACGACGUUACACAUGUUGAAGUAGUAAAUGAUUGUGAUGAUCUUGUAGAAUGCGUUCCCAAGAUUCGUCCUAAAGCCGAAAUACAAAUGGAGCCUCAAACACUGCCAAAAGCAUCUAAAAUUAUCCAGGAAAGUCCAGCAGACUUGAACGAAAACGGGGAUAGUUAUGAUAGAUUGAACUUCUUUGGUUCUUGCAGUAAACUUAACGUCUCAAAAUCGGGAUAUAAACAGCUUACAGCUGUCACUCAAGUGAAUCAUAGUAAUCCACAAAAUAAUAAAAACACAAGUGAUGAUUACGACGAAGUUAUACCACCGAUCAUAGAGAGUGUGAGAAUAGCAGACGAUUCUCAUUUAGGUUACGCAUUAAUUCGGAAACCGCCGAAAGAACCCCCUGUCGAUCACCAGUUUCACAACGACGAUCCUUACGCGAUUAUUAGUAAACCAAAACAGGUCUAGUCAGGUUUUACCUAAUUGUUUUUGAAACUAAAAAAUCUAAUGCUCAAACUUAUAAAAACGUAUUUUCCUUUUCUAUCGCUCUAAACUUAAAAAUCCUCCGCAUUAGUCACAAGUUAGUUUUGACAAAGAAAUCAUUGCCGAUUUUCAUAAAAUUGCUCUAUUUAAACAUAUAAAAAAUUCUGCCGGCAGAAUUGAAAAUCACGUUUUUUUAGACUUUCGUUUUAAUUUCAUUUUUGUGUUGAAAGUUUUUGAAGAAUGAUGAAACAAUUUCACAAACAGAUAUUGUCGCCUUGCCAUGAUCAGAGCAAAAUAUUGCUAUCCUUUUUAAUUUAACCAAUCAAGUUUAGUAUGAUUUCUUUAGAAUUAUGGGGGUGAUUUAGAAGAAUAAUAUGAUGCAAUUACAAUAUGAAGUUGUCCUUAUUACUAUAAUUGCUAAGGAAUAAGCAUACAUUUUUAAUUUAAUGCGAGAUAGAAACUGUUCUUUCUUUUAUAUAUAAAUAUAUAUAUAUAUACAUAUACUUAAAUUUAGGCAAAUUGGGGCCAUAUCAGUUAAUUCUAAAUAUUCAAACAAAAAGAAAUAGUUAUCUGCGCUGAAGUGUUAUUUAAAUCUGUUUCUUUUACUGCUUCUUCUUUCUUUAGGUUGCAUAUUAGAAACUUGCUUGUUUGAAGUUCUAAACACUUUUUUGUAAAUUUGGAUUUUAAAGACUGAUCGUGAAAUUAAUUUAAUUAUUGUGCCGUCCAAAUAGACUGAUAAAAUAUUCCGGUGAUCAGUUAAGUUUUUUUCAAGUUUUUAAUUUGCAACCAUUAUAAAUAUAUAUACUUUUUAUUGUUGAUAUGAUAGUUGUUUUAAAGUAUGUGAUGAGUCAAAUGUUUUAUUGCAAGUAUUAUUUUCUUUAGUACUUCGGACCAAAGAAAGUAAAGAAGUUAAUAAGUAAAAUUGUUUUUGACCAGAGUAGUGCCAUUUUAAUCAAUUGUACAGUUUAUCUCUGAAUGUAAAUCUGUUUUUUUUUUUUGACACAAGGGGACAGAGUAGUUUUUAAAAAUAACAUUUUGGAACCAAUGAUCUCAUUUUUUCAAGAAUUAUUAAAAAGUUGAAUAUCCAAAAAUUAAAAAUUAUAACAUAUUGUGAAAGUGUUCUUAUUAUUCUUGAGCAUUAUGUAGCAUUUUUAGAAUUGCUUCAUUUGUUUUUUAAAUAUCUUUCCCCUUAGCUAAAGUGGGUGCUACUGCAAUGCCAUAUUUUUGUAUUUUACACUUUUAUAUGAAAGACAGAAAUAUGUAAAUAAAAUUUUAUUGUAAAAACAAUGA